AUGACUCAGGCUGCUUUGCAUAUAGUAAGCUCUUCUUCAUUGAAAAUCCCCAAGCACAAACCAGAUGCUCACUACCUCACCUGCAGGAUCCAGGAAUGUGCAGAGACAACUCGGAGUGGUCCCUUUGCUCGCUCCAUUGAUGUCAGCUCCCUGGUAGUCCAAGAUGAAUAUAUCUUCAUUCAGGUAACAACAGGAGGAAGAGCCAACUACUACGUGUCCUAUCGAAGAGAGGCCUUUGCUCAGAUAAAGCUUCCCAAGUACUCCUUGCCAAAGGACAUGCAUAUCAUCAGUACAGAUGAGAACCAAGUGUUCGCAGCAGUGCAAGAAUGGAACCAGAACGACACAUACAACCUCUACAUCUCGGACGCGCGGGGGAUAUUCUUUACCUUGGCCAUGGAGAACAUUAAGAGCAGCCGAGGUCUAAUGGGAAACAUCAUUAUUGAAUUGUAUGAGGUAGCAGGUAUCAAGGGGAUAUUCCUGGCAAACAAAAAGGUGGAUGACCAAGUGAAGACAUACAUCACUUACAACAAAGGCAGGGAUUGGCGUCUACUGCAAGCUCCGGAUGUGGACCUGAGAGGAAGCCCAGUGCACUGCCUGCUGCCCUUCUGUUCCUUACACCUACACUUGCAGCUUUCUGAAAAUCCCUAUUCAUCAGGAAGAAUCUCAAGCAAGGAGACAGCCCCAGGUCUUGUGGUGGCCACAGGCAAUAUUGGUCCAGAACUCUCAUAUACUGAUAUUGGUGUGUUCAUCUCUUCGGAUGGGGGCAACACAUGGAGACAGAUCUUUGAUGAAGAGUACAAUGUCUGGUUCCUAGACUGGGGUGGCGCCCUCGUGGCCAUGAAACACACACCUCUGCCAGUCAGGCAUUUGUGCGUGAGUUUUGAUGAGGGCCACUCCUGGGACAAGUAUAGCUUCACUUUGCUUCCUCUCUUCGUGGACGGGGCUCUGGUAGAGGCAGGAGUGGAGACGCACAUCAUGACAGUUUUUGGUCACUUCAGCCUGCGCUCCGAAUGGCAGUUGGUGAAAGUGGACUACAAGUCUAUCUUCAGCCGGCGCUGCACCAAAGAGGACUAUCAGACCUGGCACCUGCUCAAUCAGGGAGAGCCUUGUGUCAUGGGAGAAAGGAAAAUAUUCAAGAAACGCAAGCCAGGAGCUCAGUGUGCCCUGGGCCGAGACUACUCAGGGUCGGUGGUUUCAGAACCCUGUGUUUGUGCUGACUGGGACUUCGAGUGUGACUAUGGCUAUGAAAGACAUGGGGAGAGCCAGUGUGUUCCAGCUUUCUGGUACAAUCCAUCAUCCCCUUCAAAGGACUGCAGCCUUGGUCAAAGCUACCUCAACAGCACUGGGUACCGGAGGAUUGUGUCCAACAAUUGCACAGAUGGACUAAGGGACAAGUACUCUGCCAAGUCCCAGUUGUGCCCUGGAAAAGCCCCUCGAGGCCUCCAUGUGGUGACGACUGAUGGACGCCUGGUGGCAGAGCAGGGGCACAAUGCGACCUUCAUCAUCCUCAUGGAGGAGGGUGAUCUCCAAAGGACAAACAUCCAACUUGACUUUGGGGAUGGGAUUGCCGUGUCCUACGCUAACUUCAGCCCUAUCGAGGAUGGCAUCAAGCAUGUGUAUAAGAGUGCGGGGAUCUUCCAGGUGACAGCCUAUGCAGAGAACAACCUUGGCUCAGACACAGCGGUCCUCUUUCUACAUGUGGUUUGUCCCGUGGAACAUGUUCACCUCCGAGUUCCAUUCGUCGCCAUAAGAAAUAAGGAAGUCAACAUCAGUGCAGUUGUAUGGCCCAGUCAGCUGGGGACCCUCACCUACUUCUGGUGGUUUGGCAACAGCACAAAGCCGCUCAUCACUUUGGACAGCAGCAUCUCCUUUACCUUCCUCGCAGAGGGAACCAACACCAUUACUGUUCAGGUGGCUGCUGGGAAUGCUCUUAUUCAGGACACAAAAGAUAUUGCAGUUCACGAAUACUUCCAGUCCCAGCUCCUAUCCUUCUCUCCUAAUCUGGAUUUCCACAAUCCUGACAUUCCUGAGUGGAGGCAAGACAUUGGCAAUGUCAUCAAGCGAGCUCUGGUUAAAGUAACCAGUGUCCCAGAAGACCAGAUCCUUGUGGCUGUGUUCCCCGGCCUCCCCACUUCAGCGGAACUUUUCAUCCUCCCACCCAAGAACUUGACUGAGAGGAGGAAAGGCCACGAAGGAGACUUAGAACAAAUUGUAGAGACACUGUUUAAUGCUCUCAACCAAAACUUGGUCCAGUUUGAGCUGAAGCCCGGGGUCCGAGUCAUUGUGUAUGUCACACAGCUGACAUUAGCUCCUCACUGGUGGAUUCCAGCACUGGGCACAGCAGCUCAGCCAUGCUUAUGCUCUUGU